UAAACCCUCGCUCUGAGCUCCGUGGCUCCAGAAACCGGCACCUUCCGUCGCCAAGACUCGAGUUUUCCUUCCGUUAUCCGGCCCCGAGCUGAGACUACCGGACCGCUCCCUGGAGUCAACCUCGCAUCCAGUCAGCUGCUCUAUCCGAAUAUCUUUUUUUAAGUAGCGGCAAGAUUGUGCUGAGAUGUCACUGAAGAUCCAUAUCAACAGUCCCAGUGUGAUGUACACAGAUACGCACAUCGUGUCCCAGUACUGCUACCAGACCACGUCAGUGCAAACCAAUGGGAACAAUGUCACCGUGACUCCACGCACCACUGAGAUGACAUUCCGCACGGAGAGGCGAGUUCCCCGGCUGGGUGUGAUGCUGGUGGGCUGGGGAGGCAACAACGGCACCACUGUCACUGCUGCUGUCUUGGCCAACAAGCUGGGACUCUCCUGGAAGACCAAGACCGGCGUGAAGAAAGCAAACUACUACGGCUCCCUGCUGCAGGCUUCCACAGUUUGCUUGGGAUCAGGUCCGGAUGGUGACAUCAACAUUCCGUUCCGUGACCUUCUGCCCAUGGUGCACCCUGAUGACAUUGUGUUUGAUGGUUGGGACAUUUCAUCCCUGGAUCUUGGGAGUGCGAUGGAGCGAGCCCAGGUUCUGGACUGGUCCUUGCAGGAGCAGCUACGUCCACACAUGAGCAGCUUGAAGCCCAGGCCAUCCAUCUAUAUCCCGGAGUUCAUCGCUGCUAACCAGGGCAGUCGAGCCGACCACGUCCUGACAGGAACCAUGGCGGAGCAGGUGGAGCGCAUCAGAGCUGACAUCAGGGACUUCCGGCAGUCGAGCGGCGUGGACAAGGUCAUCGUUCUGUGGACCGCCAACACCGAGCGCUUCUGUGAUGUCAUCCCAGGCGUCAACGACACUGCAGAGAACCUGCUCGCUGCCAUCCAGGCUGGUGCAGAGGUGUCCCCCUCCACUCUGUUCGCAGUGGCCAGUAUACUUGAGGGGUGCGCGUACAUCAACGGCUCCCCUCAAAACACCUUUGUGCCCGGAGCCGUCGACCUGGCUGUGAAGAGAGGAGUGUUCAUCGGUGGAGACGACUUCAAGUCAGGCCAGACCAAGAUCAAGUCCGUGCUGGUGGACUUCCUUGUCAGCACCGGGAUCAAGCCAACAUCCAUCGUCAGCUACAACCACCUGGGGAAUAAUGACGGCAAGAACCUGUCGGCGCCGCAGCAGUUCCGCUCCAAAGAGAUCUCCAAGAGCAACGUAGUGGACGACAUGGUGCAGUCCAACCCUCUGUUGUACCAGCCUGGAGAGAAGCCUGACCACUGUGUGGUGAUCAAAUACGUCCCUUAUGUAGGAGACAGCAAACGUGCCAUGGAUGAGUACACGUCAGAAAUCAUGAUGGGUGGCCUCAACACUAUCGCCAUGCACAACACCUGCGAGGACUCUCUGCUGGCCAGCCCCAUCAUCCUGGACCUGGUGAUCCUGACAGAGCUUUGUCAACGCGUGACAGUCCGACCUCAGGGAGAGGAGGACUUCCAGUCUUUUCACAGUGUUCUGGCUCUGCUCUCCUUCCUUUGCAAAGCCCCCCUGGUCCCACCAGGGACCCCUGUCGUCAACGCAUUCUUCCGCCAGAGAGCCUGCAUUGAGAAUAUCAUGAGAGCUUGCCUGGGCCUUUCUCCUCAGAACCACAUGUUACUGGAGCACAAGUUGCAGAGGAACUUCCUGCCGUCCUGCACAGCCUACAUCAACGGUGACAUGCCUGUCAUGAAAACAAACGGCUGUGUCUACAAGGGUCACAUACCUCACACUAAUGGCUUCGGUGUACACGUGUCCGAUGAGGGUUUAUGACCUCUUUUAUCUAACUCUCUUCGUCUAAUACAGGUUCUCAGCUACAUUCAUGUGACUCUUCAACAUCACUGGUUUUAAUCCGAGAUGUCUCUGUGUAUUUUAAAUGUAACGUCUAAUUAUUUUGUCUGAAAUAAAUUUGAAUAGAUGUGACUGAAGACAUUCAGGUACUUAAUAAUCUGUGAGUUUCUCAUGCACAAAAUACUGCUUUGUAGGUUGUUACAUCAAUAAAGAAAAAAGCUGUAGAUGUAUUUGAUGUCAUGAAAAUAA